AUGGAAGCUCACGACAACCGCAAUUGUAGGCUCUUUUGCGCCGCCCUCGCCUCUCUCCUCCUGCUCUCCUGCACAACCCUUGCGUGGGCUGCAGACAAGUCAAACCCGCCGUUCGUCAAGGCACCCAUCACCGAUACGCAAUGGCACAAGGGAAGCGCCACAUUUUACGGCAACGAGAUGCUGCAGGGCAACUCGGGCAACUGCGGGUUCCCAUACCGGUUCGUGGAUAACGUAACCCAGGUGGCCGUUCCCGACCCGCGCUGGUCUCAGUCGCUCACGAAUGGCGUGCAGCCCUUUAAGGGCGCGGCGUGCGGGCAGUGCUACGAGGUGAAGUGCUUGCGCUCGCCGCGGUACGGAAGCAAGGUGCACUGCUCGUCGGACAAGCCGACGCGCGUGGUGAUCACCAACUUUGACACGCCGCGGUCCGAGGGGUGGCCGAACAACCACUUCGACUUCCACAACACGGGCUUUAGGAAAAUCGCGGCGCUAGAAGCGGGAAUCAUCAACGUCAUGUGGCGGCGCGUGAGAUGCCCCCAAAGCACGCCGAAAUUUACCGUGAAGGGCAACCCGUACUUUCACGACAUCACCGUGUACGACGUGCCGGGUGUGGGCGCCAUAACGGGCGUGUGGGUGCAGGUGGCGGGCAGCGGCGGUUGGCAGAAGGCGCGGCAAAGCUGGGGCGCGCAUUACUUUCUGAGCGGCAAGGUGGAUUGGAACAAUCCGAAAACCAAGCUUCGCCUCAACGCCCGUCACGGCGUCGCCUCGCCGCAAAUCCGCACGCGGCAUCGUCACCUCGCCUCCUCACGCCACCUUGAUCACGCUCACCGCGCCACAACAUGCAGGCCCUUAUUCGCCGACCAAUCCCCCCUUUCCCCAUCCCGUUCUCCCCUUUCCCCAUCCCGUUCUCCCCUUCCCCAUCCCGUUCUCCCCUUUCCCCAUCCCGUUCACCCCUUUCCCCAUCCCGUUCUCCCCUUUCCCCUUUCCCCAUCCCGUUCUCCCCUUUCCCCAUCCCGUUCUCCCCUUUCCCCAUCCCGUUCUCCCCUUUCCCCAUCCCGUUCUCCCCUUCCCCAUCCCGUUCUCCCCUUCCGCAUCCCGUCCUCCCCUUUCCGCAUCCCGUUCUCCCCUUUCCGCAUCCCGUUCUCCCCUUUCCGCAUCCCGUUCUCCCCUUUCCCCAUCCCGUUCUCCCCUUUCCCCAUCCCGUUCUCCCCUUUCCCCAUCCCGUUCUCCCCUUUCCCCAUCCCGUUCUCCCCCCCUUCUCCCCUUUCCCCAUCCAGUUCUCCCCUUUCCCCAUCCCGUUCUCCCCUUUCCCCAUCCCGUUCUCCCCUUUCCGCAUCCCGUUCUCCCCUUCUCCGCAUCCCGUUCUCCCCUUUCCGCAUCCCGUUCUCCCCUUUCCCCAUCCCGUUCUCCCUCGUUUCCCUCGCUUCCCUCCCUUCCCUCGUUUCCCUCUCUUCCCUCCCUUCCCUCGUUUCCCUCUCUUCCCUCCCUUCCCUCGAUUCUCUCUCAUCCCUCCCUCCCUCGGUUCCCUCUCUUCCCUCCCUUCCCUCGUUUCCCUCUCUUCCCUCCCUUCCCUCGUUUCCCUCUCUUCCCUCCCUUCCCUCGUUUCCCUCUCUUCCCUCCCUUCCCUCGUUUCCCUCUCUUCCCUCCCUUCCCUCGAUUCUCUCUCAUCCCUCCCUCCCCCGUUUCCCUCUCUUCCCUCCCUUCCCUCGUUUCCCUCUCUUCCCUCCCUUCCCUCGUUUCCCUCUCUUCCCUCCCUUCCCUCGUUUCCCUCUCUUCCCUCCCUUCCCUCGAUUCUCUCUCAUCCCUCCCUCCCUCGUUUCCCUCUCUUCCCUCCCUUCCCUCGUUUCCCUCUCUUCCCUCCCUUCCCUCGUUUCCCUCUCUUCCCUCCCUUCCCUCGUUUCCCUCUCUUCCCUCCCUUCCCUCGUUUCCCUCUCUUCCCUCCCUUCCCUCGUUUCCCUCUCUUCCCUCGUUUCCCUCCCUUCCCUCCCUUCCCUCUCGAUACCGUGUUUUCAUGGCUAUACUUUCUCAAACCGUGCUUCUCUUGCAGGCGGGGUGACUCCAACUCCGCACAUUGUACCGCCUGCGCCAAUCCUCACACAUCAAAGCCACCUCUCCACCCAGUCCCACACUAGUUUCAUUCUCGUCUCCAACAGCUCUCACAUCCACAUCCCCUUGAUCGAUUUCUGUGCUUGUGUUGCAGGUGGGGUGCUUUCCUGA